AGUCUAUGGAGGUUUUUUUGUUGUUCUAUCUUAUGUUAUUUUUAGUGCUACGCUGAUUUUGAUUACUGGAUUGUUGGGUUUGGAGCUUUGCUGAAAGGCAUUUAAAGUUUCCACACCAAACAUAGUGACCAACAAAGCCAUCAGAAAAACAUGAUUAUUGCAGUACAUUGUCUUGCUGUGGUCUUCAGCAAUCUCUUCAUCAACAUUUCCAAGAAAGAGAGUGUUUGUGUGUGAGAGAGAGAGAGAGAGAGAGAGAGAGAGAGAGAGAAAAAAAAAAGAGAGAUUGAAUGCAUCAAAAGAUUCAUAGAGCGUAUCAAAACGACAAGGUUACAAUGAGGAAAUUAAGAUUUUUGUCUUCAAUCUGUCAAAAGCUUAUCAUCCCCUUGUUCAACUGACUAGCAGGUGUGACUGUAGGUGCGUCAGUGCGUUUGAAUGCACACCCUUCAUAACUACACUCAUCACAACCAGAGCAACAAGUCUCCCAACGUGGACUCAGCACAAGAAACACUGUUGCAUCUCACAUUGGAGACAAAAUUCUCAGGAAUUCAGAGCCAAAGUGGACAAGGUGUCAGAACCAGAAUCUGAAAGAUGACCACUUCCAGCAGCCCUGUCUACUGCCCUCUCAUCCAGGCCAUGGUGAACGUAAGCAUGCCAUCCAACUCCUCGGCCAGGGUGGGGGCUUUGAGCCUGGUGACGGUGUGUCUCCACGGCCUGGUCUCCGCCUUCAGUAUCCUAGAGAACCUCCUCAUCCUGGGGGUGGUGGGCUUCCGCGUCCGCCGCACAGUCAUCAGUGUUUGGAUCCUCAACCUGGCUGCCUCGGACCUCCUUUCCACAGCCUCCCUCCCCUUCUUCACCAUCUUCCUGGCCCGCGGAAGCACUUGGACCCUGGGUACCACCUUCUGCAAGCUCCACUCCUCCGUCUUCUUCCUCAACAUGUUCGUCAGCGCCUUCCUGCUGGCAGCCAUCUCCCUCGACCGCUGUCUGGUGGUGCUGAAGCCCGUCUGGACCCAGAACCGGAGGAAUGUACGCCUGGUCGGAAGAGUGUGUGGGGUCAUCUGGGCCCUGGCAAUACUCUGUACACUACCGUACUAUCUGUUCCGGGAUACUAUUCGCCGACAUGACGGGCGGGUCAUGUGCUACUAUAACUACGCCCAGUACCUCAAUGUUAGGGAGUUUGACCUAAGAGAGCUGUGUGAGGCUCGCCAGGAUGCCCUGGCCUUCUCUAAGCUCCUCCUGGCCUUCAUACUUCCCCUGGUGGUCAUUGUGGGGAGCUACGUGUUUGUGAACAUUGGUAUCACGCGGCGUGGCCGCAGAAGGCGCUCUUUCCGCUUUGUGCGGCUAGUGGUAGCUGUGGUAGUGAGUUUUGUGGUCUGCUGGGCUCCGUACCACAUCUUCAGUGUACUGGAGGCUGUAGCCCAGUACCAACCCUCCCUCCGGGGCCUCGUGGCCCACGGUUUGCCCCCUGCCGCCAGUCUAUCCUUCCUCAACAGUGUGCUAAACCCCAUCCUCUAUGUGUUCAGCUGCCCGGAUUUGUGUGGUAAGAUCAGACAGUCUCUGGGAGCGGUGCUUGAGAGCGUGCUGGCGGAAGACCUAGGUGAGUUCUCACGGCAACGCAGCAACCAACACUCCUCUAUCGGUGCUUCAUAGCUGCUGCUGAGGGGGAUGAGGUCCCACAACAACGCCCCCUGCCUGAGAGGAGAAGACUCCAGGGCAGAGGAGGAGCUGGAGCCGAAGUAGGAGAAGACGCACUCUGCUGACUGAGCGGUCUGUCAAAUUUGGUUCCGGUCCAGGUUCUGCAUCUGUGGGAUACAUAAUGAUCGAUUGAUAUGUCAUGUAAUUUUGAAUCAGUAUCAUGUACAACAUACAGUACUGAGGGACAUAUUUUGUGUGUUUUUGCAACGCUUCUCAUAGCGUGUUUAAUCUACUGAUAUGUAGAGCAAUGUGAACUGUGAAGUAUAGGCUCAGCUGUACUCUAGUAUGCUUUUACAUUUGCUUGCUCAUUGUUUUUU